AAGAGCGGGUAGCAGUAGAAAGAACAAGGACAUGAGUAAUGGUGUCAUCCAUGAUUCUAUCAGAGCGAUGACGACCCAAUAUCUUGCCAUAAUGUUGGCCAAUCGAGGGUCGACUCUCAAAAAGUUGGUAAAUUGCGUGAUCAUGCUCAGGAAUGUUAUGGGAACCAACCAGCAGAAACAAAGGCCAAUGAACAGAGA